GCCAACCGCCAACAAACCAAAGAAGAAGAAGGGUUGGAGCUAAACGCACAGUUCGUGUGUUUUGUCCAAGUGGUGACCCGUAGUAUCCGGAAGCUGCCGUCCAUUUAUUGACAAGAAGGAGAGCCGUCUUUUCCAUCAAUAUAGACACUUUGCUCCAUCAGUCUACUAUGAGUGCCAUGCGAACCGUGCUGUUUUCUACCGGCUUGGUGUCGGUGUUGGGACUCGGCUAUGGAAUGUGGUCUAUUAUCACUCCAGGAGAGGAGAGGCGGAAAGAACUCAUGAAGUACCUGCCGGAAUCGAACCCGGGGAGGAUGGACGAGACGAGGAAGCGCAACGCUCUGGUGAUGCAGGCGCUGAAGGAUGCCGCAGAAACCGACGAAAACCUCGCCAGAGGACUGGGAAGAUCCAGAUGACUUGUUGGAACGCUGCCGACGUCCCACUUACCCUGUCUACUCGCCCGCUUGUGUCGACAACACCAUUGUGUCAUCUUAUUAUUAUUUUUGUACGCUGUCAAUGACUGUACAUGUGUGCUUGCAGGGAUUAUAUCUCUUUUCAUUUUGACAUGUUUUAAGACACUAUUUGAAGUGGUUUGUUGCCAAGUUAAAAAAUACUCCCCUCAUGUCACUUAAACAAGUAUAUUUUAUUUCAUUUACUUAUAAAUUUAAGUUAUUUACAUAUCUGAAAUAAUGUGAAUGUGAAUUAUAUUUAUAUAGCGCUUUUCUCUAGUGACUCAAAGUGCUUUACAUAGUGAAACCCAAUAUCUAAGUUAGAUAUUGGGAGCAGGUGGGUAAAGUGUCUUGCCCAAGGACACAACGGCAGUGACUAGGUUGGCAGAAGCGGGGAUCGAACCUGGAACCCUCAAGUUGCUGGCUAGGCCACUCUACCAGUCAAGCUAUACCGCCCCAAUAAAUAAUUAACACACUGAAUAUUUUUAGCAAUUUAAUCAAGAAAGUCUCAUCACAAAAUAUUUACAAUAAAACCCUUUUAAUAGUGGUUUAUUCCAUGACCAAUAUAUGUAUUUUAUUGCCGGAUUACAAAAAAUUGUAAUUGAAAAUGUGCAAUUAAAGUAAUGACAACGAUCAUCAAAUCCAAAAUA